AUGGCAGGAAUCAUCCACAAGAUUGAGGAAACCCUCCACAUGGGAGGAGGCAAGAAAGAAGGCGAAACCCACAAAGAAGGAGAGAAAGAUCAUCACAAGAAGGUGGAGGAAGGACACAGUGGAGGUGAGCACAAGAAGGAAGGAGUGAUGGACAAGAUCAAGGACAAAAUCCAUGGCGGUGAGGGCCAUGAUGACAAGGGUGAGAAGAAGGAGAAGAAGAAGAAGGACAAGAAGAAGCACGGUGAACACGGCGGCGAGCAUGGUGGCCACAGCAGCAGCAGCGACAGUGACAGCGAUUAA